GAGCUGGUUCACUUCCUAUAGGGAAUGAAAACCAAAUGAGGAGAUGAAGGAUUGCACUGUAUGAAUCCAGAGCGGAUAGACAUAUCCUGAUCCUCACUCAAAGAACAACUGCAUAACUGUGGGAAAACAUCCAGUCCUUUUGCAGUGUUGCUCAACACAGAGAAGGUUGGGCAGUGAAACCAUCUGCAAAUCAUUUGGGUCAGGGGAGCCUUGAUGUACCAUCAGAUCUGAAACUGUUCAGUGCUGUGGAGCCUUCCAACAGAACCAACCUUUCUGAAAGUUUGGCUGUGAGUGAUUGGUCAGGGUGAAGCUGGGAAGAAGUGUGAGUCUCCCCAAGUGUGGUGAGAGUCAUUGAGGCUCAUGACUCAUUCCUACUGGUCAAAAGCUGGUCAGUUGUGAGAUGUGUGAAGACGGAUCCACAGGCUCAUAAAUUUUCUUAACAAGGUGCACCUUUAGAGCGACAUGGAGGCAAAACCAUUCAAGUGUGACAUCUGUGGCCAAGUUUUCAUAGAGUCAUCAACACUCAAGAAACACAAACACAUCCACACUAGAGAAAAGCCUUUUACAUGUGAAGUGUGUGACAAAAUAUGCUCUCGUAGAUCGACCUUGCUUGAACACCAGCGCAUUCAUACUGGGGAGAAGCCAUUCACGUGUGAGGUUUGUGACAAAUCAUUCUCUCAUUCAUCAACUCUCCGUGCACACCAGCGUAUUCACACUGGGGAGAAGCCCUUCACUUGCAAACUCUGCAACAAAUCAUUUUCACGUAUAUCAACCCUCCUUGAACAUGAACGCAUUCACACUGGAGAAAAGCCAUUCAGAUGUGAUGUGUGCAAUAAAUUGUUCUCCCACUCAUCAUCCCUUCGUGCUCACCAACGCACUCACAGCAGGGAGAAGCCAUUCGCAUGCGAAGUGUGUGACAAAUCAUUCUCCGAUUUAUCAACCUUCCGCAGACAUCAACGCAUUCACACAGGAGAGAAACCAUUCACGUGCAAUGUGUGUGACACAUCAUUUUCACAGUCAUCAAGCCUCCGUGCACACCAACGUGUUCACACAGGAGAGAAACCAUUCACAUGUGAGGUAUGUGACAAAUCGUUUCCACAGUUAACAUGCCUACGGGUACACCGUGCUGUGCACACAGGAGAGAAACCAUUCAGAUGUGAAGUGUGUGACAAAGCCUUCACAUGUUCAUCAAGCCUCCUGGUCCAUCAGACAACCCACACAGGGGAGAAACCCUUCAAGUGUGAGAUCUGCAAAAAAGGGUUUGCAAUAUCAACAAGGCUCCUGAAACACCGGAGGAUUCACACAGGGGAGAGACCUUUCAAGUGUGAGGUCUGUGACAAAACCUUUGGACAGUUAUCAACCCUCAUGCAACACCGACUUAUACACACUGGAGAGAACACGUUCACAGGCGAGAAACCCUUCAAGUGCGAAGUUUGUGAUAAAGCUUUUCGGAUAUCUUCAAGGCUGCUGAGACACCAGAGGAUUCACACAGGGGACAAACCAUUCAAGUGUGAGAUCUGUGAGGUGGCUUUCAGUCAAUCUUCCAAUCUCUUGACACAUCAGACAAUACACACAGGAGAGAAGCCAUUCACAUGCAAGAUGUGUGACAAGUCAUUCUCACGAUUAUCAAACCUGCGUGUACACCAACGCAUUCACACAGGAGAGAAACCAUUCACAUGUGAGGUGUGCAACAAAUCCUUCUCACGGUCAUGGUACCUCCUUCUCCAUCAGAGGAUCCACACAGGGGAGAAACCCUUCAAAUGUGAGGUUUGUGAAAAAAGCUUCAGACAGUCAUCGACUCUCAUGCAACACCGACUAAUUCACACUGAAAAGCCGUUUACAUGCAUAUAUGAAUGGAUUAUCCCUAAUGGGAAUUUAAUGAACAUCACACGGGUGCCACACGUGAGGCUGCUGAGCAAGAACAGGAAGAUGGAAGAGAAACCAUUCAAGUGUGAGGUUUGCGGUAAAGCUUUUACAACUUCUACAAUUCUUCUGAGACACCAGAGUACUCACACUGGGGAGAAACCAUUCACAUGUGAGGUCUGUGACAAAGCAUUCUCACAGUUAGGAAACCUGCUGAGACACCAGCGGAUUCACAGAGGUGAGAAACUGUUCGGCUGUGAAGUGUGCAACCAAUCGUUCUUUGAUUCAUCAAACCUUCAAGCACACCAACGCAUUCACACAGGGGAGAGACCAUUCACAUGUGAGGUCUGUGAUGUAUCAUUCGCACAGUCAUCAACCCUUCGUAGACACCAACGGAUUCAUACGGGGGAGAGACCAUUUGUGUGCAAAGUGUGUGAUAAAUCAUUCUUACAGUCAUCGAAUCUCCACAGACACCAAUACAGUCAUACAGGUGAGAAGCCAUUCAAGUGUGAGGUGUGUGAGAAAACCUUUCUGACAUCUACAACACUGCUGAGACAUCAGAGGAUUCACACAGGGGAGAAGCCCUUCAGGUGUGAUUUGUGUGAGGCAGCUUUCUACAGAUCAUCCAAUCUCCUGUCACACCAGAAGAUUCACACAGGGGAAAAGCCAUUUGUAUGCGAGGUGUGUGACAAGUCAUUCUUGUCAUCAUCACAUCUCCGCACACAUCUGUACCUUCACACAGGAGAAAAACCAUUUGCAUGUGAUGUUUGUGACAAAUCGUUCCUGGAAUCCUCGACCUUACGCAGACAUAAACGCAUUCACACAGGAGAGAAACCAUUCACAUGUCAGAUGUGUAACAAAUCCUUCUCACAGUUAGGAAAUCUCUACACGCAUCAACGUAUCCACACAGGUGAGAAACCAUUCACGUGCGAGGUGUGUGACAAAUCCUUUUUGGGAUCAUCAGCCCUCCGCAGACACCAAAUUAUCCACACAGGGGAGAAAGCGUUUAAGUGUGAGGUCUGCAGCAAAUCAUUCUCGCAGUCAUCGACCCUCCGCAGACACCAGCGCAUUCACAGGGGAGAAACUGCUCAUGUGUGAGCUGUGUGAGAAAUUGUUCUCUGGUUUAUCAAAGCUCCUGCUGCUUCAGAGGACCCACAUGGUGGAUUCAAUCUUCAAGUGUGAACUUUGUAAUCAAGAUAUAUGUAAUAAAGUCUUGACACAACUGUUGGACCUCCUGGAAUAUGAACCUGCCCAUAUUUUUGCCCAACUUGUGCUCAGAGUAUUUAACCUGUACCCAGUCUCACUGUGCAGGAUGUUCAGUGGGACUGGGACACAGAACAAGAAGCAGCUUUCACUCCCAUCAAACAACUAGUGAUGACAUCACCAGUGCUGAGGGAUGAUGAUGUAACAAUGGAGUCACCCUGCAGUGUGAUGUCAGUGAAACAGGACUUGGAGUAACCCCCAGGCAGUGAGGAUAAAUCUGUUGUGUUUGUAUCCAGAGCACUAUUAGACACUGAGCAAAACUGUACAGAUUGAGAAAGAGAACCUGGCUAUCAUCUUUGCAUGUGAGGAUUUCAACCACCACCUGUUUGGGAGAGAGAAAGUGAUGGUGGAGUCUGACUACAACCAAUUCAACAGAUUUUUCUCAAAUUACUUCUCUUUGUUCCAAAGUUUUUGCAAGAAACAUAACUUCACUUCCAAGUGAUAUCUCUGGAAAUUAAGUACAAGCAAGGGAAGCAGAUGUACAUCACAAAUGUGCUGUUGAGAACCAUAUUGUCUUUGAUAAAACUUGAUACUGGUACAGAAAUCUUCUAGAUUCAACCAGAAGCAAAAGCACGACAUGCUCUGCAAAUCAGCAACAGAGCAGAGAGAAGAAUCUAACAAACGAAGUGUCUUACUAAGAUCAAGCAAACUACUCAAUGAAAUGCAACUCUUCAAAUGUUACAGGCAGCAGGCAACAAUACAAAGUAGCUGAGCAGAGGCUGAUAGCCUCAACCAGGACCUUGGGUUCAUAUCACACACACACACACUAGUUUGUGGGGUGAAUAUGUACUUGCAGAAUUAUAUUUUAUUUUGCUCAAAAACUGCACGAAUCCAUGUAAGAUUCCGUAAAUCCCUUUUUUAGAUUAGAAUCAGUCUGAACACUGGGGCACACAGACAGCCUCACACCUUUAAUGCAUAAUCAGGGCAAACAUGGCACCUAUUGUUAAAGUUCCCUUGAGAAUGUAACUUUAAGAAAAUUCUGGGAUUUACAUAUGAAAAAACUGAAACCAACAUGCCCAUUCUAAAAGAUGAGAGACUUAACAAAAAAUCCAGAUCUUUUUCAAUGUAUAAUUUCAGGUACAUCACAUUGUAAACUUUUGCUAUAAAUUCUGUGUCCUACGAUCUUUUACUCCACAACUACCUAAUGAAGGAGCAGCGCUCCAAAAGCUAGUGCUUCCAAAUAAACCUGUUGGACUAUAACCUGGUGUUGCGUGAUUUUUAACAAUGUUACGGUAAGUUGUGAUGAAAAGAUCAAGAACACCCCCGUGACUGUAAGAGAGUUCUGAGCAAACAGAGAUGAAGUGAUCAUCCAACUUAGCAUCUUUUACAAAGGGAACAGGCUCAUUAUCUCUAAAAAGAUGAAGAAAAGGAUUGUUGAAACACACCUGACACAAACUAUCAAGGAAUUGAGUCUAGUCUGAGGAAGGUCAGAGAAGUGCUCUACUGGUCAAACAUGAGCAAUGAGGUGAAGGACCACAUCAGCCAGUGCAGUGCUUGAACAUCAAGGUAAACAAGAUAAAGAGCUGCUCAUGACUUGUGACAUCCAGACAACCCAUGGAUGAAGCUUGGAGUCGAGCUGUUCACCCUCACUGGAACUGAUUAUUUCAUCACAGUUGACUACCAACGAGACAGCAGGGAGUGACAGCAGCUGACAUCAAGGACUCCCAAUGAGAUUGUAGAAUUUCUGAAAGCACACUUCAGUCGACAUGACAUUCUUGACAUUGUGAUCAGUGACAAAGAUCUCAAUUCAGACACUUCCUGAAUGAUGGGAAAAUUCAGCACCACAUACCAUCUCCUCACAACCCCAGUUAAAUGGAAAUGUGAUGGUAAAAUUGGCCAAAGCUGUCAUUGAAAAAUUAAUCAACAGACCUGGUACUCAUAUGUAGGAGGCAAACUUAGAGGGAAAAACAUAGCUACUGAAAACAGGGGAAGUUGUACAGUCCAGAGACUGAUGUUAUAUGGCACCCAGGCAACUGUUCCAAUUGUUAAAAUAUUAUUCAGACUUGAAGUACCAUUAAAAAUGUGACAAAAUUGAAUGAAUAAUAAAAAGCUAUAUCUCACUUCCAUAAAUCUAAAAAUCGUUGCCAGGGCUCAGAAUUAGGAAACUAUUCAAAGUGCAAACAUUCAACAUAGUCAUCUGAAAUUAGUUCACUUGGAAACUUGAGUCUGUGUCGAAAAGUUGUCACCUCAAUCAUGCAUUAUGAAAGUGAACUGAGGAAGCUGCUCCUUAACAGCUCACAGCUGAUGAGGUCAACUCGAUUUCACUAACCAAGUCUAGUCCAGUUACAACACUGAUACCUACCCAACAACGUAGAAAAUUGCCCAGGUAUGUCAAGUACGUAAAAGCAAACAAAAUCAACCCAGCCAAUUGCCAUCCCAUCAGUCUACUCUUGCUCAUCAGUAAAGUGGUGAAAGGUGUCAUCAACAGUGCUAUCAAGCAGCACCUGCUCAACAAUACCUGCUCAGUGAAGCUCAGUUUGGAUUCUGCCAGAGCUGCUCAUUUCCUGACCUCAAUACAGCCUUGGUUCAAAAUUGGACAGAAGAGCUCAAUUCCAGAGGUGAGGUGAGAAUAACAGCCCUUGGCAUCAAGGCUGCAUUCGACUGAGAGUGACAUCAAGGAGCCAUAGCAAAAUUGGAAUCAAUGGGUAGUAGAGGAAAAUCUCUCUGGUGUAUGGAGUCAUACUUGACACAAAGGAGAAUGGUUGUGGUUGUUGGAGGUCAGUCAUCUCAGCUCCAGUAUAUCUCUUCAGGAGUUCCUCAGGGUAAUCCCUCGGCCCAACCACCUUCGGCUGAUUCAUCAAUGACUUUCUUUCCCUAACAUGGUCAAAAGUAGGUAUGUUCACUGAUGAUUGCACAAUGUUCAGCACAGUUUGUCGCACCUCAGAUAGUGAAGCAGUCCAUGUUCAAACGUAGCAAGAUCUGGACAAUAUCCAGACUUGGGCUGAUUAGUGGCAAGUAACAUUUGCACCACACAAAGGCCAGGCUAUGACCACCAUCAAUAAGAGACAAUCUAACGACCGCCCCUUGACAUUCAAUGGUGUUACCAUUCCUGAAUCCUACACUAUCAAUAUCCUGGGGGUUAUCAUUGACCAGAAAUUCAACUGGACUCACCACAUAAACACAAUGGCCACAAUAGCAAGUCAGAGGCUAGGAAUACUGAGGUGAGUAACUCACCUUCUGACUCCCUAGAGCCUGUCCCCCAUCUACAAGUUACAAGUCAAGAAUAUGAUGGAGUACUCUACACCUACCUGGAUGAGUGCAGCCUCACUCAAGAAGCUUGAUACCAUCCAGGACAAAGCAGACUGAUUUAGCACCACAUCCAUAAGCGUCCACUCCCUUCCCCAGCGAUGCAGUAUGUUCUAUCUACAAAAUACACUGCAGAACUUCACCAAAGAUCCUCAGACAGCACCUUCUAAAUCAAUGACCAUUUCCAUCUCAAAGAACAAGGGCAGUAGAUAUACGGGAACACUACCACCUUCAAGUUCCCCUCCAAGCCACUCAGCAUGCUGACUUGGAAAUAUAUUGUCGUUCCUUCACUAUUGCUGUUGUCAUAAUCCUGGAAUUCCCUCCCUAAUUGCAUUGUGCGUUAACCUGCAGCAAUUCAACAAGACAGCUCACUAUCACCUCCUCAAAGGCAAUUAGAACAGGCAAUAACUGCUUGCCAGUCAGCAACGCCCACUUAAAAAAUACAUUUUUUAAAAAGUAAGGAACUGAACGACCAUUGAUCUCAGAAGUCAGUCGGUCCUCAAGAAAUGUAAUCAACAGCAAUAAUUACCAUGGACAACAACAUAUCCCUGAAAGAUAAUAUUACCCAAGGAACCAGCAGAAACUAGGAUGAAUGUAUAACAACUCACAUAUAUAACAUCAGAAGACCUGAAUGCACUAAAAAUGUGUGUCGCGCUGCAUGGUAGCUGACAAGAUUG